AUGGAGACACAGCAACCACCUACACCAGCCCAGAUUGAUAACUGGCAUGCCCUAGGUUUCAUAUAUGAAGUAGAAGGGAUCGUGACAGAAGCUCCCACCGAUAUAUUACUCGAAUCUCCUGCAUCCCCUCCAUCCACCAUUCCCUUCGAUGAGGAUUCACCUCCGUGGCAGUUACCUAGCGAACGAGUGCCGCCGGGUGAAGAGGUGGGCGAAGCAGCGGGUUCCUCUUCACCAGUCAUCGAAAUCAGUGACGGUGAGGAGAAUCAUCAUACACGCCCACGACGUCGACGUAGGGGUCGCCCUGAUUAUGCUUAUCGAGAUUACCAAGAUACAAUGGAGCAUGCAAUUUCGGCACCGACCGUCGGCAAACGGAAAAGAGAAGAUUCCAAUGUGGUAGAUUUUCAAUCUAGAAUUAAGCGAUUUGUGAAGGAGGUCACGGAACCAUAUGCGGCCUUGGAACAGGAGAACAAACGAUUGAACCAAGAGAGUUACCAAUUGAAGAAGGGCAAGGAACAGUUGCAGCUUCAGAUCCAAUACCUACGGCGAUAG